AUCUCCGAGCAUAGACUUUUCCCUUCUUUUUUUUAUACACGAGCUUUAUGGCCUGCAUACCAUCGGCCAACAAGAUCGCCGGCAAUGAUGACCUCUUGACGGAGAUACUACUCCGCCUACCCAUAAGACCACUCCUCCGUUUCAAAUCCGUUUCCAAGCACUGGCUCUCUCUCAUCACUAACCCACAUUUCUGUCAUCGACGAAGCCGUGGUGCCUCUGGCCUAUUCUUGCGCCGGACUUCGGCUCUUUUAAAUUCAGAAUAUUAUUUUAUCCCUCUGGAAGACACAAGCCCGACGAAACCCCCUUUCAGAACUUUCACUUUUGGCGAUUGUCCCAAUCUUACAAGAAUCUUGCAGUCUUGCAAUGGUUUGUUGUGUUGCUGGACCACUGGGGUUAAUGCUAAAUGCAACUAUUACAUCUAUAAUCCUACUACCCACCAAUUCACUACGCUUCCUGAUCCUGUUGAUCGAGUUUUCGGGUAUACUUCCGGUGUUGAAUCAGUUCAAACAGUUAAUUUAGCCUUUGAUCCAUCGAAAUCGCCACACUAUAAAGCUGUUUGUGUUUAUUCCUCUGAGAGAUUGCCUCAACAUUACGAAAUUGGAGUAUAUUCAUCUGAAACCGGCCUUUGGAGGCGCUCUGGUAAUCCUUUCAGGGCAGAUGUUAAUUUUAAGCUAGGAGUUUUCUGGAAAGGUGCUAUCAAUUGGGCCAGUGAUUGGGUUAAUUCAUUGUAUUUUAAUGUUGAUGAAGAGCGUCUUGGAACAUUGCCGAUGCCUCUAGUGCCCGUGGGUGUGGAGGACAGGAUGAUCGGAUAUUUCGGAGAGUCUGGUGACCAUCUUCACCUUAUUGAGAUCUAUGGUCGUCAUAUUACACAAUUCAAUGUCUAUGAGAUGACCGAAGAUUACUCUGGGUGGUCUGUGAAGUACAUUGUCGAUGUCGACGCAGUUGUGGAAGCAUUUCCAGAGAUCAUUUGCACCCACCCAUCAGGCUUGCAGUUCUACAAAUUUCUCAUACUAAGUCUUAUUCGAAGGAAUAAUGAUGAGGAGUCAUUUCUUGUGUUGAGCACACCUGGUAAGGCCAUUCGUUACAAUUUCAGGGACAAGACUCUUAAGAAGCUUUGUGACUUAUCUCCACUUUUGUUUGAGAAUGACCGUGCCCCAGUGUUUGGAUGGCGUAAUGCAUUUCAAUACAUUGAGUCUCUCUCUUGUGUUUGACAAUAAGGGGACAAUUCAGUGCAUUGCACGAGAUUUUCAUCACCGUAGAGUCUGAAGAUGACAAGCUUUACAGAGUCUUAUUAGACUUUUUUUUUGUUUUUCUUUCAAGUAAACCAUGAGGCUGAGAUCUCCAGUGGGUCCUUUGAUUGCUUUCAUUCUGUUGUUGCCAUAGUCAAGGAAUCGCAAGCUUGUGAAUUGCGAUAAUGCUUGUUUUUAAGAUUGUGUUGUGAUAAUGUUCGAAUUAUGAAUAUUGUUUUGUCUGUACUUUUCUUCAUUCUUUCAAUUAGUGACACUGUUUGAACCUAUAGGUGAAGUCCAAAUUUAGUUAUAGAUGAA